AUCUAAUGGGCAAAGAUGGUAACUAUUAUCGAACUGUUAUUGUUCAUAAUUGCUUAUCUUCAUCACCGCAUUUUACUAUUUUCGUUACAAUCCAUUUAUAAUUAUCUUCCGAAAUUGGUCAAAAUGUUCUUCAAAUUGAUGUUGAUAUGUGGUCUUUGUUCGCUUUUUCAUGCUGCUUUUUCUGCAGCUCAAUAUCGAAGUUAUUUACGUGUUUCGGAACAAAAAUUCACUGGUUCGUUGCCCAUGGAUAUUAUGAUACAAGCAUUCGUUAGUCUUUUGGUAACAUUAUAUUCGGUGGUAUCUAUUUAUUGUAAUUUCAAAGUCAUUUUCGCUAAUGAUGAUUUUGCCAAUAAAAGUUAUGGCCAUGUGUUUUCCACCCCUCCUUCUUUGGUUACAUUCAAUCAUAGGGGACGAAUUUUAACAUCAAAACAGUCUUAAAUGAUAUCCAUUUCAUUGAAUUCCAAUUAUUAUAAUAUCAA